CCUCUUUACUUCUUUCGCCCCGCUCGCUGCUUCGGAUCCGCCUCCACUUUUUGUACGUCUCUUGCAGAUCCAGAUGGAGCGCAUGCGCGUCGGGCGAGUCCGGACUUAUUGGUAGCGUCCUCCAUACAUAUGCCAGUUGUAUAUGUUUUCGCUGGAUCGCGUAGGACUGGUAGUGGCGCGCGGGAGAUAGAAAGAGCGGGAGCGCGCGCCAGAGGUAACGGCUGCGUUAUAACUCCUCUUUUUGAGAGAGGGGGAGGCGGCGAACGGGAAUGUAAUGAGAGGAUGGCAGUUCUACCCAAGACUGGAUGCUUUGCCUGAUUUGCUUGGCAGGAUGUGUGGAGCUUUUUCUCAUGGGGACUGACAACAAAUUUGGAAGGAGACAAAACGUCUAAUGGCUUCUGACUGUGUGGUCCCAGAGCAAGUGAAGCAUCAUGUGGUAAAAGGCAGGAGGCAACAGCCACAAGAAAGGUCACCUUUGAACAGUGAUGGUGAAGAAGAAACAUUUGUAUUUGAAGCAAAUGAAGCUUGGAAAGAUUUUCACAGCUCUCUCCUUCGCUUCUAUGAAGCUGGGGAGCUUUGUGAUGUUACGCUGAAGGUGGGUUCAAAGUUGAUUUCCUGUCACAAGCUUGUGCUGGCUUGUGUUAUUCCUUACUUCCGAGCCAUGUUCCUUUCUGAAAUGGCAGAAGCCAAGCAGACAUUGAUUGAAAUCAAAGACUUUGAUGGUGAUGCCAUAGAGGAUUUGGUCAAAUUUGUCUAUUCAUCUCGAUUAACUCUGACAGUAGACAAUGUCCAGCCUCUCUUAUAUGCAGCCUGCAUUCUCCAGGUGGAGGUAGUGGCCAAAGCCUGCUGUGAAUAUAUGAAACUACACUUCCAUCCUUCGAAUUGCCUGGCAGUCAGAGCCUUUGCAGAGAGUCACAAUCGUAUUGACUUGAUGGAUAUGGCUGAUCGCUACGCUUGUGAACAUUUUGCUGAAGUGGUGGAAUGUGAAGAUUUCGUGAGUGUGUCACCGCAGCACCUUCAUAAACUGUUGUCUUCAAAUGACUUGAGCAUUGACAGUGAAAAGCAGGUUUAUGGUGCUGCUAUUAAAUGGCUUCUUGCCAAUCCGCAGCAUCAUGCUAUGUGGUUAGACGAAAUAGUUGCUCAGGUGCGCCUUCCUCUGUUGCCUAUUUGUUUUCUUAUGGGAGUAGUGGCAAAAGAAGAGAUUGUCAAGCAGAACCUAAAAUGUCGGGACUUGUUGGAUGAAGCAAGAAAUUAUCAUCUUCACUUAAGCAGUCAUACAGUACCAGAUUUUGAGUAUUCUGUACGGACAACACCAAGGAAACAUACAGCAGGUGUACUAUUUUGCGUUGGUGGUCGUGGUGGAUCUGGUGACCCAUUUCGUAGCAUUGAAUGCUACUCGAUAAAUAAGAACAGCUGGUUUUUUGGCCCGGAAAUGAACAGUAGGAGGAGGCAUGUGGGUGUAAUCUCUGUGGGAGGUAAAGUUUAUGCAGUGGGUGGACAUGAUGGAAAUGAACAUCUGGGUAGCAUGGAAAUGUUUGAUCCUCUCACAAAUAAAUGGAUGAUGAAAGCCUCAAUGAAUACCAAAAGGAGAGGCAUUGCUCUAGCUUCUCUUGGAGGCCCCAUUUAUGCCAUUGGAGGACUGGAUGAUAAUACUUGCUUCAGUGAUGUGGAGAGAUAUGACAUUGAAUCUGAUCAGUGGAAUGGUGUAGCACCUAUGAAUACACCCCGGGGAGGAGUUGGCUCUGUGGCUCUUGUGAACUACGUAUAUGCUGUUGGUGGAAACGAUGGUGUAGCCUCUCUCUCCAGUGUGGAGAAAUAUGAUCCUCAUCUAGAUAAAUGGAUAGAAGUGAAAGAAAUGGGUCAGCGAAGAGCUGGCAAUGGGGUUAGUGAGCUCCAUGGCUGCUUAUACGUAGUAGGUGGCUUUGAUGACAAUUCUCCACUUAGCUCUGUCGAACGAUUUGACCCUCGCACUAACAAAUGGGAAUAUGUAGCAGAGCUUACAACUCCUAGGGGUGGAGUUGGCAUAGCAACAUUAAUGGGCAAAAUUUUUGCUGUUGGAGGUCACAAUGGAAACGCUUACCUGAAUACAGUGGAAGCCUUUGAUCCAGUGAUGAACAGGUGGGAGCUUGUGGGUUCCGUGUCUCACUGCAGAGCUGGGGCUGGUGUAGCAGUAUGUGCUUGCCUUGGCAGCCAAAUUCGUGAUGUGGGUCAAGGGUCCAGCAAUGUGGUGGAUUGCAUGUAAAUGUGAAGCCUUUUGUGAAAUGUCAUAAGAAUUGCAGCCAUUGCGCGAAGACAUUUUGAAUGUUUAAACCAGUGUGUGUAGAUAUUCAAAACAUUUUGUAUUAGAAUUUGGCUGUGUUCAUACAUAGUGCUAAACCAUGGUUAAGCACUGUGUGAAUGAAUUGGAACAAGCCUGAGUGAAGCCUUGGACCUGAAUGCUUUCCCCUCCUCUUUCCGUGUUUAGUUUCACUUUUCCCGAAUCUCAUUUUAUGUCAUCAGUCCAGAGAUCCUGAUUUAUCUCAAGCCCUGGUUAAACAAGCCAGCUUCCUAAUCUAUAUUUUGAAGUUGUCUUGAAACUGACCAGAGUUUGUGAUAAACCGUGAUCCUUGGGCUGGACAACCUGGACAAGCUGAGAUGCAGGGAAGUGAAAAGUAAGUACUGGUGAAGUCCUCCUGGGCAUGAGGAAGGGGAGGAGUUGAGCAUUCAAGUCCAAGUCUUUGCUAGCGCUUAUUCUUGCUCAUGAAUGUAGCACUAAACCUUGGUUUUGUAUUGCAUGCGAAUGCAGCCUUAGAGUGUUCUGGCAGCUUUUGAAGCUUAUCUGAAGCAACAAAGUAAAAAUUUAAGAAGCCCUCAACAGUUGUUUAGAAUAGGAGAGGAGAACUUGUGGUCUUCCAGGCUACUAGAGAAACUAUUACCUGUACUUUUCAAACCCCUGGGAUUUUUCUCAGAUCUGUCCUCCAAAAUGCUUAUACUUCUACAUAUAAAACAAUGGUCUAAAUAUCCUCUAAGACUUGCAUCCAUUCUGUUUUUGAAAAAAAAGGUUGUCUUUCUGUGUUCUGCUGUAACACUAUGCAAACACAAAUAAGCCCUAUGGACUCCAGCCUCCUGAAAAGAGUGAAAUAGGACAAUGCCUUGAACAUCACUUGAGAGAUUUCAUUGAUGGACAGAAGCACCAACUAUUAAGUGUGUGAAUAUCUUGGUUUUCAGAAAAUGAAGUUGAUGUCAGUUUGUUUGCUCAGGCAACGCAGCUGAAUUGGUAUGAAACAGAAUCGCUACCUUCUGCUUCCUUGUAAAACAAAGUGUUCAAUAGAAACAAGGAUUGUGGACUCUGGUUUUCACAGGAAAAAUAAUUGGGUGUCGGUGAUGUCAGAACCUGGUGAAAUUGGAAGCCUUGCUUUUGAACUGUCUUAUCUCAUCCGAAUAGCUACAGAGAUUUUUGAGUGCAUUGCUUUGCUGUUUAUCCUCCAUGAAUCAUCUCUCUCUUUUUCUUGAGGUUAUUGGCUUGUACUGCAGUUGCCAAACUUUGCAUCUGCAUCCUGGACUACAGAUUUUUUCAUGUGACUUUUCCAUAUGUGCAUUCAGGACAUGCAUAACUUGAAAAUAAGUCAAGUUUGGGACAAUUGUUUAGCAAAUCACUUGGAAGCUGGUCAUCUGAGAGAUGUGUGGCUCACCCUGAAAUGACAUUUCUGGUUAGUUUACAAAGCCAGAUAAUUAUUUGGGGUAGCUUUGUUUUGUUGAUUAUGUUUGUGUAGUAUCACUUUACAUUCAAAACAAUCAUUGGAAGUCAUUCCCAAAGAAGUUAUCCCACUUGGGGUCCAAUACUGCAAUGUCACUGCGGGAUAGAGGAACCUUUACGGAAUCCUUGUCAGAUGCUGGGUUUGGCCUUGUGUAUGUAUCUGAAGAGAUCCAGGUGAAAGAUUUGCUAUAGCAUGAAGUUGUGGUAAUAGGCUGGCACCCUACAUUUCACUACAUGAGUCCAAGAGCCUCAGAAAAGGAGCUGUACAUAAGGAAGAGUUUUGUACUCUUAACUCAGAGCUGUUCAUUUGCAUUCCUUCCCCUCGUAACUGUUGGGAGGACUAAUGUUUUUGAAUGGACCAAGCCUUUCUUUGAUGGUUUAAGUGUGUCUUGUUCUAUGGUUAACUUAGAGGACAGCAUGAUUGUUCAUGAAUGAUACAUGUUAAAUACUUCUGUUUUGCAGUUUGAGGGAAAGAUGGAAUUGGAUGUGUGCAGAUUAGUUGAAAGUUUCCUUAAUAUGCAGUCCUUUCUUUCUUUAAAAACGGUUUCACCUCUUUUUGAUGUAACAGGUCCUUUUUUCUUCCUCUCUCCCCCCACCCCAAGCCCUCCAAUUCUUCGUCAGAACUGUUCUGGGUUGCUUUUAUUCUGGUUACCUACUACUCAGCCCAUGGAGCUCUGUGUGUGAGGCUGCAUGCAGAGCUGUAUUUUAAAAACAAGCAGGCUAAACCUGAAGUGGCAACAGCUCUCAAGGCAAGAAGCAGAACACACAUUUUCUCAUAAAGGAAAUUGAGCGUUUUGGCGUUGUGUGUGUGAUUUGGGAGCUGCCUCAACACAAUUACGGAAGAAAAUGUAAUUUCUCAUCUCAUAAGAUGUUGAUAAUGACUGGGGAAAAUGUACAUGGCCAAAGCUUAAUGCCCAAACCUUUUAGGGUGAGUGGAAUUGGUUUAGGGCACAGUAUGGGCAUAAGAAUACUGUUUCUUGGAGAAACAAUUAUGUAAUGAUUCUCUGUAUGUAGUUCUAUCACAAAGCAUACAAAUUGCUGCUUUACUAUUGGCACUGCCACUUCUAAAACUUGUUUAUGUGUUAGUCAGUGGUAUCCAGUGGACAAAAUGCAGAAUGAAGUGGUAUGUCGUGUUGUAUGGAAAUCUUGUAAUAAAGUGAUUUUAUUUCA